AUGGCGCGCUUGUUUGCAUCUGUUCGUAACCGCACUUCCGCAUGGUUUUCAGAUGAAGAUCGCGACCGCGAGGCUCCUGCGUCGAGUGGUGCUGGUGAAGGGCAUACAAAUCAGGGACGUGACACGAGCAGCACAAGCGCUAAACAGGGAGAGGAUGCGGAUCACGCAUCAACCGCGGAACAGCAACCCGAACCCUUACAUGCCAGCCACACGAGUCCUUCAUCUUCAUACUCAUUUUUGCAACUGAAUAAGAAACUGUUGCGCCGGGAGGCCAUGAGCAAGAAAACGACAUUGAAGCAGAAAAAAGUGCAGCAGACGGAGAAAAGUCGUGGAUUUUCAGGAACGGUUAGUUGGGGUCUUCGGUUUCAGAUGCGGUGGUGCGAAUUACACCCUGAGAGCCUUGCGGGAUGCGCAGCUCUCUCGUUUUCGUAUGUCGAGGGCCCGGGCAACCGCUACUAUAGUCGCGACGCCUGCUCCAAAGUGGACGAGUUCAAUUGCCACUGUUCGGGUCUCCUCCUUCCGGGUCACCCAGGAGAAGCUCAGUGUGUCUCGCAACCCACCAAUCACCACCCUCAUGGUACUGACCAUCGAUUUCCCACAAAAGAACUGCGGCACAACUACAUCUACAAUGCUGCUCCUCCAGCGACUUCAACUGCUGCAGCACCACCAACUCCCGCAGUAGCUCCAGGCAACCACGCGCCUGCCGCGACUGACCAAAUUAGAGCAGUACCGAAGCCGCGGGUUCCCGCGGUGCCGUCCGCAGUAAGCAGUGGUGCUGGCACUGUGUUGCUAGUACCUACAGGAUCAGUCUAUGUUGAAGUUGAAGAGUCUGCAGCUUCUGUUGCCACCACUGCAGCAGCUCCUGGUCAAGACCAAAGAUUGAUACCACCUCCAACUCCACCAGAUAGACCAGUGGUGGCUCCAUCUUUCAAUGUCCCGACGCAAGGACAAGAGCAACCUAAGUAUAAUGGGAGUCCUCAGGUUCAGGUUGUCGAUCAAAACGCGGAGUUGGCAAAAAGAACAUCACAGGGGGCACAGAAUGGUAUCAAGGCAUCAUCAAUAGGUCAAAACAACCACGACCAUUCCUUUCAACCUCUACGACCCGUGACAAUUUCGAGUACAGGAGAGGCAUCAGCCGAAGCCCGUGAAGAUUCAGUCGCAUCUCUGACAACUUCUUCAGAUCUUGGCGCUAGUACUACUGCUGCGAAACCCUCAUCCACUUCGUCG